UAAUCAAAUAAAUAAAAAAAAUUAAUUUAUUUUACCAACGGUCAAGCAUUUUAUCAAAUACGCAAGGCAACGGUUAAAAUUAAAAACUAACCGCCUCUAGUCACCAGUCUCCACGGUUUACCUAUUUAAGACGGUAACGUUAAUCAGCUGUUGGAGGUUACGUAACCGCCAAAGGCUGUUUUCUUUGUCUGGCUCUUUUGCCUCCAUUUCUUUCAAAUCUUCUCUUUAUUAUUUCAAUGGGUUUUUUCUACUUCAAUCCCUCGCCAAAAAUCCAUAAAACUAAAACCAAAGAAAAUGCUAACCAAAGCCCUAAUUCAACUUUCUAUCGCUCCUCUCCAAAAUCCUAAUCUCAAAUCCUCUCAUUCAAUUAUUUUCCCCAAAAAACCCAAAAUUUCAACUCAUCGUUUCCACCAAUCCCAAUCCUUUUUACUUUGUUGUUCCCGCAGUAUUGCACCAAAAAAUCAAAGCCGUAGAUCGAAAAGUUACUGCAUUAGCCCUAUCCAAGAAUUAAAUUGUGAAAGCGAUGAAAAUUUGGUUGAAGAAGAAAAUGAAAAGGAAGAAGAAGAGGAAACGGGAGUAGAAGUUAAAGGAGAUGGAUUAGCUAAUCAGAGUAUAUGGAAUCAAAUUAAAGAGAUUGUGGCGUUUAGUGGGCCCGCUACUGGGCUUUGGAUUUGUGGACCAUUGAUGAGUCUAAUUGAUACUGCAGUUAUUGGUCAAGGAAGCUCACUAGAGCUGGCUGCUUUAGGUCCUGCAACGGUUGUUUGUGAUUAUAUGGGUUAUAUGUUUAUGUUCGUUUCUGUUGCUACUUCCAAUAUGGUCGCUACUUCCCUUGCUAGACAGGAUAAAAAUGAAGUGCAACAUCAGAUAUCUAUCCUGCUUUUUAUUGGUUUGAUUUGUGGCUUCUUGAUGCUUUUCUUUACAAGAUUUUUUGGUUCAUGGGCAUUAACAGUGUUUUCUGGGCCAAAGAAUGCACAUCUUGUACCUGCUGGAAACACAUAUGUUCAGAUUAGAGGUUUAGCAUGGCCAGCAGUUCUUGUUGGAUGGGUGACUCAAAGUGCCAGUCUUGGCAUGAAAGAUUCCUGGGGACCAUUGAAAGCUUUGGCGGUUGCCAGUGCCAUAAAUGGCAUUGGUGAUGUUGUCCUCUGCAUGUUUUUAGGCUAUGGUAUUGCUGGGGCAGCAUGGGCAACAAUGGUUUCACAGGUUGUUGCAGCUUUUAUGAUGAUUGAAUCACUGAACAAGAAAGGGUACAAUGCAUUUAUCAUCUCCUUUCCAUCAUUAAAUGAGCUGCUGACUGUGCUAGCAAUUGCUGCUCCAGUAUUUGUAACUUUUAUGUCAAAGGUAGCUUUCUACUCUCUCCUUAUAUAUUUCGCCACAUCUAUGGGCACGCACACUGUUGCUGCUCACCAGGUCAUGCUUCAAACAUUUGGCAUGUGCACCGUUUGGGGUGAGCCUCUCUCUCAAACUGCACAGUCAUUUAUGCCCGAGUUGAUAUAUGGAGUCAAUCGUAGUUUGGCAAAGGCUAGAAUGCUGCUAAAAUCACUUGCCACCAUUGGUGCUACACUAGGACUGGUAUUGGGGAUUAUUGGAACAUCAGUUCCUUUGUUUUUUCCCAAUAUCUUUACACCUGAUCCAGAGGUCAUACAGGAGAUGCACAAGGUGUUGCUACCAUACUUUCUUGCAUUAGCUGUGACACCAAGCACUCUCAGCCUUGAAGGCACUUUGCUGGCAGGACGAGAUCUUAGAUUUAUUAGCUUGUCAACGAGUGGAUGCUUUGCUUUUGGUGCUCUUGUACUGCUGCUUGUGAGUACUAGAGGAUAGGGCUUGCCAGGUUGCUGGUUUGCACUUGUGGGGUUUCAAUGGGCUCGAUUCUUCGUCUCCCUUAAACGUCUUCUUUCUCCGAAUGGCAUACUCUACUCUGAAGAUUUGAGUAGGUAUGAAGCGAAGAAGCUGAGAGCAGUUUAGCUUCAGAAUCCAACAUCAGAUGAUGGCAUGCAUUUUACUACGUAUAUGAACAAUAUGAUUGAAUUACUGUUAAACUGGCUUGAGCUUUCACCCUGGCAAGCAAAGAUCUCGGACUUUUUCUUUUAAAGUAAAUGGUCCAGAAUUCAUCAUUUAAUGAGGAGCCCGAAAGAAGCAUAUUGGCGUAAGCCAUGUUAUGUCUUAUUGUUCUUCCCAGCAUAUGAUGCUUGGGAGAUCAACUAUAACAAUAUAUUAUUACUCUUUAAUGUGAAGAAGAAAAUAGUGUUGAGAAAGUUCUUAA